UAAAUGAAUAUUUUUUUAUAAAAAUGAAAAGUCACCUUACUUUUUGAUCACACCUUGUACGUACAAAAGUUUUUGAGUAUCAAAAGAGAUACUUUAUUGGUUAACUAGAUUUCUGGAGCCAAAUUUGAACCUAGUAAGGUCCAAGUCGACCCAUCUCACAUAAAAAACUUUUUUGUUACGUAUCAGGAACCCUUUUUUUAAAUUAGCAAAAUCGGCAAUUGUUAUAAAAAAUUUUAUAUACAAUAAAAAAUAACUAUUAUCGCUUGCUAACUUUUGACGGUAAAACUUAAAUAUAUUUACUAUAAUUUGGAUAUAAAAAUAGGAGUUAAUAAUAUAAAUUAAAUAAAUUAUAAACAUUUAAAAAAAGUUAUCUUAUAACAUGCAACUUUACUAAAUAAACUUAAUCAUAAAUCAUUUGGUAUUAUAUUACAUUUAUAAGUAGCAAUUUUUUUAUUGUCAAUAAAUAUUUCAGAGAAAUUCAAUAUUUAUCAGUCUAAUGGAUUUUUAAAAAAUGAGAUAAUGUGUGAAAUGAAUGCAAAUAAAGGAUGCUUAGAGUCAUGGAUUAAACAAGACUGAAUCUUACAAAUUCUUUAUUAACACCUAUGGGUCCAGUAUUUGAUCAACGAUGGGAAGAAUUUCAACAGAACGUCUUCAACAGAACUUCUUACCCCAAUGACUUCUAUAAAGUUCUUAGAACUAACUUUAGUAACAAAGUAAAGCUUUCUUUUUCGAUUUGUGCGUUUUACGACGUUGAAAUAUUAAUUUGCAACAGCGAGGAUAUUUACAGAGAUUCUUGCUAUUGGAUCAUAUUAAAUAUUGAAGACUAUACACAAUCUGAAAUUCGAAAAUGUGUAACAGAAAUCCCCGGAUUCAAUAAAUCGAAGAAUUAUCCUGAGAAAGAUUCAAAAUAUUAUAAUCUAGAAUCAGGCAAAGUAAAUAAAUUAUAUAAUGUUUUUGUUGCUUAAAACUAUCUAAUUCUCAAUUUAGUGAAAACGUUUUUUGAAGCAUAUAUUGAAUUUAAAAAUAAAUCAAUUUAAAAACUUCCUGACAUAUUUAAACAUCAUUCUAACAAGGGAACAUCAUAGUGUUACCUUGCAAUUUUAAUAAACAUUGGAUAUGUCAAAAUAUAAAUAAAAAUAAGAUAUACGUUUUUUUUAUAAAUAUUCAGUUGCUCAUUAAAGUUUCACCUAGUGCAAAUGGCACUGAACUGCACACAGCGAACGGCAAGCGUCGAGCAGCAGACUUCAUUGAUUGACUGCUGCACGACAUUUACCGCUUGCAGUGUGCACUAGGCAUAAGGCGAUAUUGAAUUCCGUCAAUUAACAUAGAAAAUCCUGGAAGAAUUUCUCUUAUAUUAAAGCUUCUAGGCUCAUUCUAAAAGUAUAGCAUUGUUCUUUGUUGUAAUUUCCAAAGUGCCAACUUCUCAUUUUAUACGUAUGAAGUCUCAAAUUUUUAUGCGUAACAUAUAUUGACUAGCAUAACUAUAUUUUUAUACACCCAGAGAAAAGUUUCUUUGAGUCAAAAAAUAUUUGUUUGACUCAAAGAAAUUCGUGCAUUG